UGAGUUAGUCAAAGUAGUUAGAUAAUUUAAGAAUAUGCUUGGUGGCGGGAAUAUAUUGCAUGUGCUUGAGCUUGUGCCAGUAGAUUGUUUGUUUUGUCCAGGGUUCCGUGUUUGCUGGGCGGAAACGGUGACCUUAGAACAUGCAUGCCUUGAGACCACUAAUUCAAACUUCCACAAAGGACUCCUCUUGUUUCUACGGAACCAACUUAUUGAAUGAUAAUUGCGUAAAUUCAUAUCUGAGACUGAUAGAAAGGAGAAGCCACUACUAUGAUUCGUAUCCCAUGGUAUACGCUUUUGACUCUUUCUUCUUUCCUGCCUGGAAACAGGGGAACUAUGAAAAAGUAAGGAAGUGGACCAAGGGAACGAAUAUCUUCUCUAGAGAUCUGUUGAUAUUUCCUAUACAUGCACCCGACAUCGGAGAGUCCGGCCACUGGUCGGUGAUCAUAGUUUGGACCAAAACACAUCAUAUUACGACGUACGAUUCUCUAGGCCUAGACUAUCCGUGGCAUGCUACAGCUGUGAUGGCAUUUUUACAGGAGGAGGCCAAGGCAAAGAAGGUAGAACUUGAUCCGGUGGAGUGGCUAACCUGUGGGACACCUGCGGAUACCCCUCGACAAACAAACAAGUGGGACUGUGGUAUAUUCGUCUGUGCUUUCGCUGAAAUUAUCGCACGCAAGGAAAAGCUCACAUCAGUACAGAUAUGUCCUAAGGAGUUGCGCAAACAGAUGUGUGCGGCAAUCAGGAGAGGGAAAAUUGAAAAUGAAGAUUUCCGGCUAUUGGAACCACCCAUCACUGAUCGAAUCCGAUUCACCCCAAUGACGACACCAUUGGUGAAGAUACGCACAUUCAUCCACAAUGGGUCCAAGCUCGAGGUGGUGAUUCCCAGUGACCCAGUAUUGGAGGACAUCAAUAAGGAGCUGAACCGCAUGUCAAGAUCCAAGCGUAUGAUCCCUGAAUUCAGGAAACCCUGUAAAACAUCCAGGGAAGAUCUUCCCAACACCCUCCCUUACACCGAGAGACCACCUACGGAUCCACCAAAGGAGGAUCACCCCAAAGAUUCCGAUGAUUGUUUGUUGCUGACGACUUCCGACGUCGAGAUGGAUGAUGAAACCAACGAGGAGGUUGAAAGUGCGAGGGAACCUCCUACAACAGCCAUGAAUGCACCGGCCGUAGAAGGAAAGCAGAAGAUAGUUAUCAAUCCACAUACCUCGCUCCAGAAGGGGAACAGAUACCGACCCAAAAGAGUGAAAGUGUGGAUGCCUGAUGGAUCCUUCCAACGGAUGAAUGUGAACCGAGCCAAGGCAUAUCUUUCACGGGGUCAGCGAUAUUAACAUGUUUUUUGCUUGUAUACUGGGGUUUAUUUUGUUUGAAGUAAAAGUUUUUUUUUCUUUUCUUGAUUUUCUUUUUUGUUCCCACAAAGUCAGGAGGGGAUGUAACGGUUGUAAAUUUUGACCAGCUCUAAGUUGAUAUUUACAACCGUUAGCAAGCAAAAGGUGUUAGCGGCGCGGACAACAGGCUGGUUUGGGGACAAGGGUCAACCCCGAUAACAGCCUGUAGCUUACGUCGCCGGCCGCUGGAGGCCGCUGAACACGGAAGUAGUCCGUGAUAUCACCGCUGGAGCUCGCUACUCCUGCGGCUGACAAAACCAGAGCCGCAGGCCGUCUGAAGACAGUGAAAGUCAGUAAUUGAGACGUUCAAAGUCAGAUAGCGAAGAAGCUCAACUGAAGUCCCAGUUAGUAUCUCUGGUGUUGGCCGUCUUUACUCUCAAGUCGAGUAGUGCUGUAAGUGUAAUCAUAGAUAAAACGUUGCUUAGUCUAUGGUGUAAUUUAGACUAUUUGUGAAGUAAAGCCCUUGCAGUUAUAUUUCAGAUAUUUUGGUUUAUUAAUUAUUUUACUUUAGAAAGACCGGUGUGUUAGCCUGGCCAGUAGGGAAUAUUAUUUUAGUUUAUUUUAUUACCUUAGAAAGACCGGCGAGUUAGCCUGGCAAGUAGGAUUUUAUUUUAUUUUAUUAAAUUGUUGUAGGGUAGAAAGACCGGCGUGUUAGCCUGGCCAGUAGGGAAUUAGUUUAGUUUAUUUUAUUAUUUUUACUUUAGAAAGACCGGCGAGUUAGCCUGGCAAGUAGGAUUUUAUUUUAUUUGAUUUAAACUGUUGUAGGUUAGAAGACCGGCGAGUCAGCCUGGCCAGUAGGGAAUUAGUUUAGUUAAUUAAUCAUUUUACUUUAGAAAGACCGGCGAGUUAGCCUGGUAAGUAGGAUUUUAUUUUAUUUUAUUUAAACAGUUGUAGGUUAGAAAGACCGGCGAGUCAGCCUGGCCAGUAGGGAAUUAGUUUAGUUAAUUAAUCAUUUUACUUUAGAAAGACCGGCGAGUUAGCCUGGCAAGUAGGAUUUUAUUUUAUUUUUUUAAAUUGUUGUAGGUUAGAAAGACCGGCGUGUUAGCCUGGCCAGUAGGGAAUUAUUUUAGUUUAUUUAAUUAAUUUGA